ACGUGAUGAGAAAAAUAAUCAAUAACUAGGUUAACGACUACGGUUAACAUCUGGGUGUGAUCCAGUGAACAGCAACUGAGACACGCUCGUCAUUUUAGAAGUAGCAGUCUGUGCUGUGCUAACGGCGAUACAUUUCUUUAUUUUUUUUUUGCAAAUAAAAUUGUUUAUGCAGUUAUAAUAAAACACCAAUGCAGUGCGUUUUGCUUCUGUUGAUACACACUUGAGCUAGAAUUCGUUUCGAGCUAGGACGGAUUGUUCUGCACGUUUGAUAAUACACAACCCUGGACCCAAACAGCAGCACGCCUGGCGAGACUGGAAAGUUGUCACAAACUCGCGAUUUGUUGGAAACUUUGCUGGUUAUUGAAGAGUGAAUCCCAGACAGCCUGGGGAUGUGUCCAUGUGUUCGGGCUUGACGGCAUGGCUGAGGAAGAAUUUCUCCCUGGGUUGUUUUAGAGGGAUAACCGAGAGAGGUCGAGCGCAUCAGUUUUCGACGAGAGGAUAUUAACUUCCAAAAGAAGGCCAGGGAUUUAAAAGAAAAAUGGAAAAUCAAUCACAAGCUGCCGGCGGGGAGGACCCCAACAAAAACACAAAAAGAAAACCAAACGAAGAUGACAGCAAGAACAAAAAACUGAACAUACACAUAAAAACUUUGGCUGAUGAUGUGCGUGACAGGAUCACCAGUUUUCGGAAGUCAGGGAUGAAGCGGGAGAAACCUCUCAUCCAGCACCCCAUAGACUCCCAGUCCUCCGUGGGCGAGAUGCCUCUCCCCCAGCCUCUCUUUGACGAUCGCUCCAUGAGCCUGUCGGAGAAGGAGAUCGUUGACCUCUUUGAGAAGAUGAUGGAGGAUAUGAACCUGAAUGAAGAGCGCAAGGCACCCCUUCGUGGGAAAGAUCUGAGCACCAAACGAGAAAUGGUUGUGCAGUACAUCUCUGCAACUGCCAAAUCUAUAACUGGGAGCAAAGUUACGGGCGGACUGAGGAACAGUAAGCAUGAGUGCACACUGUCAUCACAGGAGUACGUGCAUGAGCUGCGCUCUGGCAUCACCGAUGACAAGCUGCUCAACUGCCUGGAGUCCCUGCGAGUGUCCUUAACUAGCAACCCUGUCAGCUGGGUUAAUAACUUUGGACAUGAAGGCCUGGGACUGCUGUUGGACGUUCUGGAGAAGCUCCUGGACAAAAAGCAGCAAGAAAGCAUUGACAAGAGGAAUCAGCACAAACUUAUUCAGUGCCUGAAAGCUUUUAUGAACAACAAGUAUGGCCUGCAAAGGAUCCUGGGAGAUGAGCGGAGCCUGUUACUUCUGGCCAGAGCUAUUGACCCGAAACAAACUAACAUGAUGACCGAGAUCGUCAAAGUCCUCUCUGCAGUCUGCAUUAUUGGAGAGGAGAACAUCCUGGAUAAGAUCCUUGCAGCUAUGACCAUAGCAGCUGAGCGGAAUAACAAGGAGAGAUUUGCGUCCAUCGUGGAAGGACUGGAGAACCACGAAGCCGCUCAGCUGCAGGUGGCAUGUAUGCAGCUAAUUAACGCCCUGGUCACAUCGCCUGACGAUCUGGACUUCAGGAUACACCUCCGAAAUGAGUUUCUGCGCUGUGGUCUGAAGAAGAUCCUGCCGGAGCUGAAAGAGACAGAGGAGCUCGAUAUCCAGUUGAAGGUGUUCAAUGAAAACAAGGAUGAGGAUUUAAUUGAAUUAUCCCACCGCCUCGAUGACAUCCGAGCUGAAAUGGACGACAUGAAUGAGGUCUACCAUCUGUUGUCUAACAUGGUGAAAGACACCGCAGCAGAAAACUAUCUUCUCUCCAUGCUUCAGCACCUUCUACUCAUCAGGAAUGACUAUUACAUCAGGCCUCAGUACUACAGGGUCAUUGAAGAAUGUGUGUCUCAGAUAGUGCUGCACAGGAGUGGGACAGAUCCAGACUUUGCGCACCGUGAGAGGCUGGAUGUGGACUUCACACACCUUAUCGAUCAGUGUGUGGAUAAAGCUAAAGUUGAUGAAAGUGAACAGAAGGCUGCCGAGCUAUCCAAAAAGUUUGAUGAAGAGUUCACAGCCCGACAGGAGGCCCAGGCUGAGCUCCAGAAGCAGGAGGAGAAAAUCAAAGAGCUGGAGGCACGGAUCCUCGCGCUGCAGACGCAGCUGAGUAGUGAGGAAGGGAAGCUCAAAGAGGCGCAGCGGGUCAUCUGUGAAUCUGAUGGAAAGGCUGCAUCAGGGGUUCCCCCUCCCCCUCCUGUGAUAGGGGGUGCUGUACCUCCUCCUCCCCCUCCUCCACCACCUCCACCUCCUCCUGGGGGCUGCCCCCCCCCUCCUCCCCCUCCCCCUCUGUUUUGUGCAGGAGUUCCCCCUCCUCCGCCCCCUCCACCUGGUGCAGGGCCCCCACCACCCCCACCCUUCCCUGGUGCUCCUGGCAUUCCUCCUCCACCGGCUCCCCCUGUUGUCAAGUUGCCUUAUGGACUGCAGCCGAAGAAAACCUACAAGCCAGAGGUGGCCAUGAAGAGAAUCAACUGGUCCAAGAUUGUGCCUCAGGAAAUGGCAGAGAGCUGUUUCUGGAUUAAAGUCAAGGAGGAGAAGUUUGAAAGCCCAGACCUCCUCGCUCAGCUGUCCCUCACCUUCUCAACGAAGACCAAAGUGAAGAAGGAUGUGGAUGAAACAGAUGAUAGGAAAGUGCUACAGUUUAAGAAGAAAGCGAAGGAGCUGCGGAUUCUGGACUCCAAGACGGCACAGAACUUGUCGAUUUUCUUGGGAUCGUUCCGCAUGCCUUAUGAAGAGAUCAGAGACAUCAUCCUGCAAGUGGAUGAGAAGAGAUUGAGUGAAUCCCUGAUUCAGAACCUGAUCAACAACCUGCCGGAGCAGAAGGAGCUGAGCGCCCUGGCGGAGCUGAAGAGCGAGUACGAGGAGCUGUGCGAGUCGGAGCAGUUCGGAAUCGUGAUGAGCUCGGUGAAGAUGCUGAGGUCGCGGCUCAACGGCAUCCUGUUCAAGCUGACCUUUGAAGAGCAGGUCAACAACAUCCGCCCCGACAUCAUGAACGUGACGUUCGCCUGCGAGGAGGUGAAGAAGAGCGAAGGGUUUAGCCGCCUGUUGGAGCUGGUGCUACUGGUGGGGAAUUACAUGAAUGCUGGCUCUCGCAACGCACAGACCUUCGGCUUCAACAUCACCUUCCUGUGCAAGCUCAGAGACACGAAGUCCACUGACCAGAAGACAACACUGCUCCACUUCCUUGCAGAAAAGUGUGAGGAGAAGUACCCUGAGCUCCUGAAGUUUACUGAUGAACUUGAACAUGUGGAGAAUGCCAGCAGAGUGUCUGCCCAGAUCUUAAAGGCCAGCCUGGACACCAUGGAACGCCAGAUCCAGCGCCUGGAGAAUGAUAUCCAAAAUUUCCCCAAGUCAGAUGACGAGCAGGAUAAGUUUGUGGAAAAGAUGUCUGGCUUUGCCAAACAUUCACGGGAGCAGUACGAGAAGCUCUCCAUCAUGCACAAGAACAUGCAGAAGCUGUACGAGAGCCUGGGCAGCUACUUUGCCUUUGACCCCCACGCCAUCAGCAUCGAAGACUUCUUUGGUGAUCUCGCCAACUUCCGCAACCUCUAUCAGGAUGCUGUGAAAGACAACCACAAGAAGAGGGAGAUGGAGGAGAAGAUCAAGAGGGCGAAGCUGGCAAAGGAGAAAGCUGAGCGGGAGAAGCUGGAGCGACAGCAGAAGAAGAAGCAGCUGAUUGACAUGAACAAAGAAGGAGACGAGACCGGUGUGAUGGACAGCCUGAUGGAGGCCCUGCAGUCGGGGGCAGCUUUCCGCGACCGGAGGAAGCGAGUUCCACGGAACGGUGAUCAAAGCCCUUCCAGUCCAACAUCAUGGUGGACAGGUGCCAAUAAGGAUCAGCGGCGUGCGGGCUUGGAGCGGUCACGCUCACGCCACAAUGGGAACCCUCUGGCGCUGUGAACCUUCUCCGUCUGCCUAGCCAGGCCCUCACACCUCACCGGGAAGAAAAAAUAUGUGCCAAAGAGACAGUCUCGGAAACACGAAGAGCGCUGGGAAGGAGGGGCGCAUGUGUAGAUAAAACAGUAAAGGGCUUUUUACGGACAACAGAGUCCUGGAAAACAUGGAUUGUCAAAUAGGAAGAGAGCAUCAAAGGCCAUCUGGUGGCUACAUGUCCGAAGCCUUACUUACUAAUUUAUUUACUUACUGUGUCUUUACUUUGCAAAGGACAUGGCUAAUUACAUUGAGGGUUGCUUUUAUUUUACUUUUUCAGCUUGUUUGUUUUUAAUCUGACAUAUGUUAAGUUGCCCAUCUGUCUUUUUUCUGCCUCACUUGUGAUAGAAGCCAGAGAGUAGCACUCAGUGCCAGACAGUUCUGUCUGCUAGUGACUCCUCCCUGGCUACCUGCUGAAAUGCAGGACAAAAGCGUCUGAGAGGUCCUGAAAACUAAACCACUUAGGUCCUCUCACCUCACUACUUGAUCUGAAUAGCAAUGCAGUUGUGGAAAACCUUCCUAUUCGCCUGGUAACGUUUUCUUCUUUUCAGCUGCAGAAUUAUUUAAUGCAAAUGUGUUCAAUUAUUCUGGGUCAAAUUUUGCAUGAUUUACAUUUGAUUGCAGUCUCUCAUAUUUUGUAUGAAUCAGAAUUAUUACAUGGUAUUUUGCUGGUAUUUCAUUUUCUCAUUAUCUGUGAUCUCUACGCAAAUGUCUGUCCACAGCUGCUUAUUUCAACACCAGCACUGAAGAGAACAGUGUUUCAACACAUAUUUAAAAAUAUAGAGCAUGUUAAAACUAAACAUAUUCUACAGAAAACUCUGAGGAGGAACAGUCUCUAUCUUCUAUGUUGGUACAGUACUCAAGAAAUAACAGUUUUAAUUUUAAUCUUCGCUAAAAAUAAGACAAUUACAUCAAUACAUUUUCUCCAGUCCGUAUGACCUAUUUACUUUUAAAAACCCAAGUGUCAAUGAAGUAAUUGAAGUUAGAAUUAUGGAGUUUAAAAAAAGCUUUGUCCAAGUUUGGACAUAUCUUUAGCUGUUUUUGUAAAGAUAUUAUAUUUUUAUUAGAUCUACAAUUUUGAAGUACAAUUGCUAGGUAGAUUUUUUUGAUUGCUUGAGUCUUCAGCAAGGGUGGUAUUCCAUAACCUUCUGUGGAUAGCUAGUAGCCUUAAGAUACCUUUUCAGAACUCUUUAUUUUUGUAAAGAGCAAAGCAGUUAAGCCUAAGUACUUUCCAGCUGUAUGGCCAGCGCUCCUCUCAACUAAGGUCUUAACUUUCCAAAUCCGUUUCAAAAACUGGCCCUGCAACAACAAAAAGGCAUACUUUGUUGUUCCAAAGUUCUUUAAACAACGACAAAACAAAGCCCUUAAUGAAUAAAAAUUGUGCUCUGUAAAAAGACAACGUGGACUGAAUGCUAUUACUGCCUCUGUUGCUGUAAAGAGCUGAAUAACUGGAAAACCAACCCUGGGUUUUCAGAUUCUUCUCUUCACCACUGGGCAUCUAACUUGUGUUCAGGGGCCAUUAAAGAUUCUCCUUAAGUGUUUUUAGAAAUGGAUUUGUCUGUCAGUUUUUUUGAGUGCCCCUGGCUGCCCUCUCUGAGCAGACACAGUGGGCAGAGUCAAAUGAAGACAUCGCAUACCAAGUUUAAAGGCACUUUAACUAUAGGGGUUUAAAACAACAUGGCGACUGCAUUUUGAAAGAAUCAUUAACAGCCUCCUACACAAGUUACUACCAGACCUUUGGGCAAAAGCAGCCAGUUACAAACACAGUGCAAUUCAAAACACUUUCUUUGUUUUGGAGCCUUUAGCAUGUGCUUUCAAAUCAAGCAAAGUAAUCAAAACAAGAAGUUUUUAAAAGAGAAAUAAGUCAAUUUCCUCAUUGUGGGCAAGUAACAAAUACUAAUUUAAUGUACCAUAUAUCAACAGCAUGAAAAGGGAUAACCUGAGUGUUUUCUGCAUCUCACUUUUAUCACUACUCAUCUGUUUUCACACAGUCAGAUAUGGAAAAUUGUGUUAAUACGAGUUUAUCAGCCUCCUUUCCACAGAUAUACAUAUGUAUAUAUUUUCCAUAGUAAGCUGUGGUGCAAACAGCUUUGUGAAAUCCUUGUUUUGCAGUGGAGCUCUGCUAAUUUUGCACUUGCCUGGGUUUUCUCUGCUACAUAUAAAAGAGCAGAACCAAGACAUCCAAUUCCACAACACUGAUGUAUAGAACACAAACAUGCACAUCCAGAGGAAUUACAUUUUUAACAUAUUGUAUAUUUGGGUUUGUUCUUUUUGAAAUUUCUAAUAUAAUGAAAAGAACUGUUAAGUGUUAAUUAUGGUGACUGUGAUAAUAAUUAGUGGUGGGCGGUGAGGCAGUAGUGUGAAUAGUAUGCUUUGAUUGUAACACCACUGACAUAUCUCUCAGUUCCUGUGUUUUGGACUUUUCUUUUGCUAAUUCUUUUUGUCACUUCUCUUAUUAUCCAGAGGUGUGUUUCCAGAUUGAAUUUCUUUAUUUUUGUAAAGCAAAUUGUGAUUUAGUGACUUGCAGCCUGAUUACAACAAGAGCAAAGAGAGAUGUUUUUGUAAAAAAUGUACAACUGAAGCCAUUAUUUGACCUUGUGUCAUCUUUAUUAGGUCUCGGUAAUUUCACCAAGAAAUUAAUUUUCUAAUUACAGCUCUAAAGAUGAGCAGGAAGAACAGAAACAAAAAAAAUCGGAAACAAUUUUUUUUUUAUGAGCUGUAAAUUGCUGCCGUCCAGAAACAGUCUAUCAUGGUUAAUCUGUUUAGUUCAAUAAACAACACAAUAUAUCAUGAAGGAAAGCAUUUUCCAGAUUGCUUGCAGUCACUGGUGCUUUCAUUAACCCCAUGACUUUUUUGACAUAAUCAAAUUCCAUUGUAUGUCAUAGCAAAUCACAACAGAGCAGGCCAAGACAUCACUGAGAUCUUUCACAUGAAUGUAUUGAACUGUCAUCUAGGCUGUCGUGUGGUUUUCUGCUGUCUAUCUCUUAUUGUUUAAAACAUGUUCCCUUUUUUCUAGAAAGGUUGAAGUCAUGCUACCGUUUGAUCUGUUCAACUAAUGAGGUUCUGGUUAACUAGACGCAUUGGAGUAACUUUUUUCUUUCUGAUCUACUGUAGAUUCUGUAAGAACAUACUGUAUGUGGGAGGUGGAUAAAGAUAAUGUGGAGAUUUAUUGAUCCCGAACAUCUCGACACUGUUUUGUUUUAAUUUUGCAGGAAAUGCUGCUCUUUUCCCUCUCCCAUCCGACAUCUAUUUUCAGUGCCAAGUUUGUAUCUAGAGAACGAAAAUUGGUACUUAACAGUGCUCUUACAAAGCCUGUUGCCCUUCAGUCUUCAGUCCUCAAUUAUCUCAAAUCUUACACUGAUUUGCAGUUUUCACAACCACUUUGUGAAAUUAAGACUUUUUAGGUCUGCUUGGUAUUUUUCUUUUUAAAGCCACUGGAACAGACAGCCACUUCAGGAGAAAUCCUCCUGUUGUUUUUUUUUGUCAUUUGAUUUUUCCUCAGAACCAUUUACUUUCACUUUUUCUUAGAUGUAAUCUGUCUUGGAGACUGACGAAUGCGGGUCACAAUUCCAGCAAAAGGCAAAUGUCAUCUAAUUUUAAGACUCUGAUUUGUAUCAUUAUAUUUUUCAAGGUUUUACAAUGAAUGUGAACCACAUCACAGUGUACAGAGAUAACACAAUUUCAGUGAAUUAUAUAAACAUGUAUUUGAUUGCUAUAAAUGUUCUUCUAUUCAAUGGUGGAAAAAAAACAUUUAUAAAAAAUGUCCAGUGACAGAGGUGAUGGAAAGCCUACAAGUUAUGUAGGCUUUAAAGAUGAAAGAACCCUGUUGUUUUUUUAAAUACUAUUUUUUAAUUAUAUUGUUGUUUGUUUUGCAAUAUACAAAAUGUGGUAGUACUGUAAUCAUAUUCAGGUUUCUGCUGAUGUUUUACUAAAACCUUCUGUGACACACAGGUGCACUGUGUGUACAUGGAUGUAGGUGUGUCCUUUCUGUUUCAACAUUUGAUUAGGAAAAAUAACUUUCUAGGAUGAAAGAUCCCCCUAUAAAGGCCCAUGAUGAUACCUCUGUGUUGUGGCAGACAAGAAUGCACUCCACUUUAUUUUGCAAAAAGCACCUGUUCUGUUAUGGUUUAUAUACAUAUUCAGUACAUCAUCAACUGAAAAAGACGUUGUUGUCUCUAUAGAAAGAGACUGCAGCUUUUCAGAGGGAUAUGUCAUUCACUCCUUUGUGCUUAUUUUGUCUACUGGUGACUGAUGUUUAAUUACUACAUUAUUGUACCCUUUUAAAGAAGAAAAAGAAAUCUUGCAGAUCAUAAUUAUAUGGUAUAGUAUAUUAACCGUGUAUAUAUAAAAAUACAGUCCAUACAUUUUGAAGGGGUAUGCACAGUUUGAAAAGUGUCAUUUGCAAAUUGGUGCUCUGUUAUGCGGGAACACAGCUUGGAAUAUUUUUUUUUCUUAAAUGCUGCACUUUUUUAGUCUGUUAUGUAUUGUUUUUUUAAAGAGCCAUUUAAACAAAAACGCUUUGCCAUGGCAACCAGUUAAUUAAAGAGGUUAUGUUUUUUUAAUGUACAGCUUCAAGCAAAAGAUUUAUCAUGAUAAGUCAGUAUCUGUGCCUUCACCUGAUUUACACAUCAGAUACUAAGGGAUUCUGUUAAAUAAAUAAUAAAUCUGACAUUUUGAUGAUGUA